UCAAAGCGAACAGUUGUGCGAAAGGAUUCAGAUCGAUUGUAUUUCUUCUGGCUAGGUAAGCCGUCAAUUACGUUGGACAUAACGGUUAAACGACUACAAUCCGAGACUCUGUUCGCGGUCGCGAAAGUUCGCUAUUGACACGAACUUUAUUCCGCGACGUUGCUGUUUGACUUGACUUCAAACGAAAGAAUCGACUAAACAACACCCCGAUCAAACGUUCGCCAUGGACUUCUGGACGACAAUCUUGUCGAUAUUGGUCUUCUUGCUGAUCAUAUAUUAUUACUCCUCCCUCAAAUAUACACAAAAUGUGUUUCAACAACACAGGAUUCCGCACGGCAAGCGAAUUUCCAUCCUGCAGGAAAUCCUGGAUCUAUUUGUAUUCCCGAAGGCCUACGUUGACAUGAUCCAAACGGUGUACAAUAUACAUCAGGAAGCCAAGUACGUCGGGAUCUUUCAUCUCACGGGAAGUUUCCUGAUGCUGCGUGACGUCGAGGUGGUCAAGUCCGUCUGCAAGAAGAACUUCGACGCGUUCGAGGACCACUUCUUUUUCGGCGACAACGUCCCGGACACGCUCUUCGCGAAGCACCUCAUCGCGCUACGAGGCGAUAAGUGGCGCAAUAUGAGGAAGCUCUUGUCUCCCGCGUUCACAUCCUGUAAGCUGAAGAUGAUGUUUCCAUUGAUAUCCAAUUGCGCGAUGAAUUUUUCUGAAUUCCUGGCGAACUUGCCUGUUGAGAAGCGUACGAUGAAGCUGAAGAACGUUUUCGGCUGGUACUCCAACGACGUGAUCGCAUCGUGCAUGUUUGGCAUCAGCGUGGACUCCAUAAGGCAUCCGGACAACGAUUUCUACGUGUACGGUAAGAUAGCGACGGAUUUCAACAUGUACUCUCUUAUGAAAAUCUUGUUGAUGCAACACGCACCGACGCUCACGCAUCUGCUGAACAUCACGGUCGUCAAAGACCCUGUUCGCGCGUUCUUCAUUAAGAUGGUGGCCGAAACUAUACGAAUGAGAGAGGAGAGAGGCAUUACCCGACCGGACGUGAUUCAGUUGAUGAUGGAAAAUAGAGAUAAGCAAGCGCUCAGCAUCGAAGAAAUGACUUCGCAAGUGUUCAGCUUCUACCUCGGCGGCUUCGAGACCGGCCGAACGGCCUCGUCCUUCAUGGCGUACGAGAUUGCCAUGAAUCCGCACAUCCAGAUGAAAUUGCAGCAAGAGAUCGACCAGGUUCUGCAGGAUACAAAUGGUCAACCAUCCUAUGAGGCGAUUAACAGAAUGGCGUAUCUGAGCGCCGUGAUCAACGAGACCCUCAGGAUAUAUCCGCCAACGCCGAUGAUAGAUCGACUGUGCGUGAAGGACUUCGAGCUGCCCGCUGCGUUACCUGAUGCAAAGCCGUACGUCGUGAAGAAGGGGAUAAUAAUCUGGAUUCCGUUUUACAGCCUUCAUCAUGACCCCAAGUACUUUUCGGAACCGGAGAAGUUCAAGCCCGAAAGGUUCCUCAAAAGCAGCGAGCAAAACGAGUGUAACCUCGAUGCUUAUUAUCCGUUUGGAGUAGGUCCUCGAAUAUGCAUUGGCUACAGGUUCGCCUUACUGCAGAUGAAAAUCUUGUUGUUCCAUCUGCUGGCACACUGCGAGUUGAAGACGUGCAAGAAGACUCCAAUACCCCUGAAACUCAAGAAAGGUGGAUUUCUCUUGAAAUCCGAGAGCGAUAUCUGGCUAGAAUUUGUGCCAAGACAGAAGCAGCACAAUUAUUAAUUAAGUACUUUAUAUGACUGAAGAGAAUAUCGAAAUCACGUAUCAGGUGAAUAAUAUUAUAAAUGGAAAAUAAAAAACAGAAAGAGACUAUAUAAAUGGAAAAUAAAAAACAGAAAGAGAUGUAUAGAAAGCAUAGAAAAAUAUAACUUAUAGAGCAAUUCUUACAAUUUAUAUAUAUAUAUAU